CUCAGGAGCUCACCACCAGCCUCUGUGCCCAGCGCCGCCUCCGCCACUAGGUCGCUAGCACGCAUCUCCUCCGCAAGGCGGCACAGGGAGCGAAUCGCACAGCUGCGGCCAGCUGUGGUGGCGGUGGCGAGGCUUGGGCAUUGAAGGAGCCUGCGUGAAGUGAGGAAGGCCUUCUGAGAGCAAGUGCACCAGGAGACUGUUCAGAAGCUUCGGUUUUCACAGCACUUUAGAUGACACCGAGCACCGGAUAUUGUACUCGAUUUAAUCCGGCAAUCGGGAAUGUUUUGAGAGCAAACGAAGCUUGGAAGAAAGUGCCCCUAUAGCUCCAGGGAAGACGGAGGAACUGCCACACAUAAAUUAAUCCUUAGGAACUGCCCCCUCCCCCAGGGUGGAGAUGUCUGCCCAGAGGUUGACUUCUAACAGAACAUCCCUGCAGUCAGCAUCCAAUUCUGAUUACACCUGGGAAUAUGAGUACUAUGAAAUUGGACCAGUUUCCUUUGAAGGACUGAAGGCUCAUAAAUAUUCCAUUGUGAUUGGAUUCUGGGUUGGUCUUGCAGUCUUUGUGAUUUUCAUGUUUUUCGUGCUGACUUUGCUGACGAAGACAGGUGCCCCACACCAAGACAACGGGGAGUCGUCAGAGAAGAGAUUCAGAAUGAACAGCUUCGUGUCAGACUGUGGAAAACCACUGGAAUCAGAUAAGGUGUUUUCUCGUCAGGGCAAUGAGGAGGCCAGGUCUCUCUUCCACUGUUAUAUCAAUGAAGUGGAACACUUGGACAGGGUCAAAGUCUGCCACCAGACAACGGCCAUCGACAGUGAUGUCCAGCUCCAGGAAGCCAUCAGAGGCAGUGGGAGGCCUGAGGAGGGGAUAAGCAGAUUUAUGAAGUUUGAUAUCCCCAACUUCGUGGACACAGACCACAACUCCUCCUUUGGGGAGGAUGAUCUUCUGAUUUCGGAGCCAGCUGUUCUUCUAGAAAAUAAGCCGGUUUCCCAGACCUCAUGUAUAGACCUGGACUGAGAAAUGCCUGUGGGCGCUUUCCUGAGGAUGUGUUCUGUCUCUGGAUCCCCCCACUCCCCAUGGCCAGCUGUGUGCGUG